GCCGCUAGAGCUCGUGGCUGACGACCAAAUAAGCAGCAGGGCAGUAUUAAUCUGACGUUAAACGUAAUUCCUCUCUCAAAGUAGAGAAGAGGUUGUUUUCUUCAAAUUUCUGUGUAAUAUUCUUUAAACUACUGUAGUCAGUUGGUUCGAAAAAAUGCCGCGCGGUAAAUAUGUCAGUUACAAAGGCCGGAGUCGUCACUUCACUAACCCUGAAGAAUUGGAGGAGCAACGACGCCAGGAGGAAAAAAAACUCCAAUGGAGAAAAAAUAAAGGGAAGGAGAGUUCUACUAGCGAUGAGGAUGAACCUAAAGCACAAGGUGAUUCAAUGAAAAAUAAGAUAAAAAAUAGUUCAUCGGGAACAGAUACAGAUAGUGAAUCAGAAUCUGAAUCUGAGACUGAAGGAAAGACAAAGGGAGUAGAAAAUUUAAUUCAAGUUGAAAAUCCAAAUAGGGUACAAAAGAAAGCAAAAAAAUUAUCCCAAUUAAAUCAAUCUUUAGAUUCAGCGAAGCCAGAUUUAUCUCGGAAAGAACGAGAACAACUGGAAAAGCAGAGAGCAUAUGCAAACUAUCAAAAAUUACACGCGGCAGGUAAAACAGACGAAGCACGCGCAGAUCUAGCACGAUUAGCCAUAGUUAAGCAACAACGAGAGGAGGCUGCUAAAAAACGAGAAGCCGAAAAAAAGCAGAAGGAGCUUGCUCUACAAAGAAAAACGGAACUUAGGCAAAAAGCACUCGGCAAAAAAUCCUAGAACGUUUCAACUUGAGUCAAUUAUAAAACACUUUAUAUCACAGCUACUAUUACAUUAAUAAUGUUGAACAGUUUAAAACCUACUUUUGUAUUGAUACUAAUUGACUAAAUCAAU